AUGAGCGCCUCCUAUCCAUCGUGGAAAGACCGCACCCAAAAUCAGCUCGGAAAGCUCCAGAUCCAAGUACCAUGGCGCUCAUUUCAGCUCCUAGUCCCGCAUCGGAUGCGCCGCAAGCUUCGGUCCAAGUUACGCAGUCGCCUGUCACCCACCUCAUCUAUAUCCACCCUCCAAACAUCCUUCUCGCCUGUCGACACCCUCAGAUCCCUCCAGGCGCACCGGUGGACGACCUAUGAUUUCCAAUACCUGUUACUUCUGAUCGUCGGCAUUUUCUCCCUAACAAUCAUCCAAUCUCCUGGUCCGCUGGGAAAGACGGCCAUUGCCACCGGGCUUCUGUGCUCUCUGCUGAUGCCUGUCACUCGGCAAUUCUUCCUCCCAUUCCUUCCAGUUGCGGGCUGGUUGAUUUUCUUCUACGGAUGCCAGUUCGUCCCAAGCGAUUGGCGACCUGCCAUCUGGGUCCGAGUUCUACCGGCUAUGGAGAACAUCCUGUACGGCGCCAACAUCAGCAACAUCCUUUCCGCGCACCAAAACGUGGUUCUGGACGUUUUGGCUUGGAUUCCCUACGGACUGUGCCAUUACGGAGCGCCCUUUGUUGUUUCGCUUCUGUUGUUCUUCUUCGGUCCUCCCGGCACCACUCCUCUGUACGCCAGAACCCUCGGAUACAUCAGCAUGACGGCCGUCUUCAUCCAGCUGGCCUUCCCUUGCUCGCCACCCUGGUACGAGAACCUGUAUGGUCUUGCGCCAGCCGACUACUCCAUGCAGGGUAACCCAGCCGGACUUGCCCGUAUUGACAAGCUGCUCGGUAUCGAUCUCUACACCUCUGGCUUCAAGCAGUCUCCCGUCGUCUUCGGUGCUUUCCCCUCGCUCCAUGCCGCCGAUUCUACCUUGGCUGCAUUGUUCAUGAGCCACGUCUUCCCACGCUUGAAGCCUCUCUGGGUUACUUACACCCUGUGGAUGUGGUGGGCUACCAUGUAUCUUUCUCACCACUACGCAGUUGACCUUGUUUGCGGUGGCCUGCUUGCCACUGUGGCUUUCUACUUCGCAAAGACCCGCUUCCUGCCCCGAGUCCAGUCUGACAAGAUGUUCCGCUGGGAUUACGACUACAUUGAGCUCGGUGACAAUUCGCCUGAUUUCGGAUACGAUCUCGCCAGCUUGGACGGCGACUUCAAUCUGGACAGCGACGAGUGGACCGUGGGCUCCUCUUCUUCCGUUUCAUCAGGCUCUUUGAGCCCUGUGGACGACCACUACACUUGGGAAAGCGAACACCUCACCUCGAACCACGACAUCGAGGCAGGUCGUUAA